AUUAAGGAGGGACCCACCCCUUACCCCUAAAAAAAAAGUCCAGCCCUAGCGGCCCACACACCUAGUGGACCAGGCCCGUGCUGGAUCAAUUAUGUGCAUUAAACCAUAAACCAUAGAAAUCCAAAUAAAAAAAUAUACAUCCAAUACAUAUGAUUAUACAUGAUUAUACAUAAGUCACUCGUAAAAUCUACCCUCUUUUUUUAAAUGUUCGUAUCUAAAUCAAACUCAUAAAUUAUUUUAUCUUAAAAUCUAAUUAUAUACGGCAUCUUAAAUCAAUCAAAAUUCUAUGGGAUUAAAUUACGAUAUGGUAUGCUUAUGUGACAUUCUACAUGCAUUAUAUAUAUGGAUCGCAUUGAUUCUCCCCUUCAACCCAAAGCAUUGGUUUCUAUUAUUCUCCCCGGUAAAAACGAAUCCCUAAACAAAAGCCAAAAAACGACGUCGUAUGUAAUCACGUGACCGACACAACACACCAAAACCUUCUCCUCCUUUCAAUAACACCUUCAUCAAUCUUUCCAACCAAAAAGCAAAAGCCCCUGAAACAACUCUCUCUCUCUCUUCUUUCUCUCUCCUCAAUCAUCUGAAACUAACCUCGAACAAAUCAAUCAAUGGAUACCAUAUUGAGAGCUUUAGGGUCGGGCCCAAACCCGGAAGACUACAUGGGCCUAGAAUUCUGGGCCGAGCCAGAACGGGUCGGGUGGCUCAACAAACAAGGCGAGUACAUCAAAACCUGGAGACGGCGUUGGUUCGUCCUCAAACAAGGGAAGCUCUUGUGGUUCAAAGAAUCAACCGUCACCCGCACCUCUGUUCCACGUGGCGUUAUCGAAGUGGGCCGUUGCCUGACCGUGAAAGGUGCCGAGGAUACGCUAAAUAAACCCUUUUCGUUUGAGAUCGCAACCUCGGACGGUUGUACGAUGUACUUCAUUGCAGAUUCUGAUAAAGAGAAGGAAGAAUGGAUUAAUUCUAUUGGUCGAUGUAUUGUUCAGCACUCUAGAUCUGUCACUGAUUCCGAGGUCGUUGACUAUGAUUCUCGUCGUUAAUUUUCUUUCAUUAUUUGUAAAUUUUUUUUUUUUAAUUACUCUUACUUUAAUAAUAAUGAUAUUUUUAUUAUUGAGUAUGCCUUUGGAUUGAUUGAUUGUGGUUUAAUUUU